AUGGCCAAGCAGCAGAAGCGCACCAAAAAAUUUGUCAAGAACAAGCUGGAGCAGACGAUCAAGGACCGGCGCGACUGGAAGAAGAAGUCGGCGGCGAUCCAGCGGUCGAAGCAGCAAAAGGACCGCAAGCGAGGGCUGGCGGCGACGACGACGAGGCGCGACGGGGGCGAUGACGAAGAGCAGGAGGACAGGCGGGGGCUGAGCGGGGGAGAGGACGACGACGACGACGACGAGGUGCCGAGGCGCGAUGUCAAGGGCAAGGGCAAGGGCAAGAUGUCGGUUGAUGACUUCCUCGGCGGCGGCUUUGAGCAGGGCCUGGCGAGCGACGAGGACGAGGACGAUGAUGAUGACGAUGACGAGGAUGGGGAAGAUGACGAGGAAGACGACGAAGAGCUGGAAGACAUUGACGCGCUGUCCGAUGGUGGGUGUUGCGAAUCGUAUCUGGCUUACCUGCAGGAGAACGACCGGGACCUGCUCGAGUUUGGCGGGGAGGACGAGGACGAGGACGAGGAAAUGGACGAGGCUGAGUCCAGCAGCAAAAGCAAAAAGAAGAACAAGGCCAGCGACGACGGGGCAGCCGUGGUGACGUCGGAGAUGCUGAGGCAGUGGCAGAAGAGCAUGCUGCAGACGCACUCGCUGCGCGCCUUUCGCCGGCUCCUCCUCGCCUUCCGUGCCGCCGCCGACAUGGGCGACGAGGCCGACGAGGCGGCCAAGCAGCAGCAGCGGCGGCAGCAGCAAGGGCCCUCGUUUGUCGUCACCGAGGCCGCCGUGUUCAACAAGCUCGUCGUCACCACGCUCAAGUUCGUGCCCGUCGUGCUGCAGCACCACAUCCCUGCGCGCGAACAGCCGCCGGGCUCGGGCAAGUACAAGCUGCCGACAAACGGCAAAAAGUACGGCGCGCUGCAGCGCUCGGUGCAGAGCUACUUUGUGAGCCUGCACAAGCUGCUGCGCACGCUGCCGGAGCCGGCGACGGUGUAUGCGUGCGUGUCCGAGAGUGUGCGCAUGGUCCCUUACCUGGUGCCGCACCGGCGCCUGUGCCGCGAGCACAUCAAGAUCCUUCUCGAGCUGUGGUCCAGCGCGGCGCCCAACGUGCGCAUCGCCGCCUUUCUCGCCAUCCGGCGCAUCGCUGCUGCGGGCGACGCCACCGUCGUCGACGUCUGCCUCCGCGGCGCCUACCACGGCCUGGUGCGCAACUGCAAGACGACGACGAUCCACACGCUCGACAGCAUCAACCUGCUCAAGAACUCGGCCUCGGAGCUGUAUGCGCUCGACCUGGGCGCGAGCUACGAGCAUGCGUUUGGGUUCAUCCGCCAGCUGGCCAUCCACCUGCGUGCGUGCCUGCAGGCCAAGACGCGCGAGUCGUUUCAGCACGUCUACAACUGGCAGUUUCUCCACUGCCUCGACUUCUGGGCCCUCGUCCUCGGCCAGACGUGCGCCGUCGAGCGCAACGACCCGUCGCCGUCGCCCAUGCAGCCGCUCCUCUACCCGCUCGUCCAGGUGGCCACGGGCGCACUCCGGCUCCUGCCCACGUCGCGCUACUUUCCCUUUCGCUUCCACGUCGUCGCCUCGCUCCUGCGCCUCGCCCAGCGCACCGCCGUCUACAUUCCCCUGGCGCCCUAUCUCGUCGACGUCUUUGAUGCGCCCGAGCUGCAGCGGCGCAGCAAGCCCUCGACGCUCGCGCCCCUCAACUUGGACGUGACGCUGCGUGCGCCGGCCAACUACGUGCGCACGCGCACCUACGCCGACCAGGUCGCCGCCGAGGCCGCCCACCUCCUCCUCGAGUUCUUUGCCGGCCAGGCCCGCAGCAUCGCCCUGCCCGAGCUCGUUGUCGCGCCCACCGUGCAGCUGCGCCGGCUCCUCAAGACGGCUGCCAAGGCCCAGGCCGGCGGCGGCGGCGGCGGCAAUGCAGCAUGGACCAGCCAGGUGCGAGGCGUGCUCGACAAGGCGGCGCAGAAUGCGCAGUGGAUCCAGGCGAGGCGCGCCGACGUCGAGUUUGCGCCAAACGAUCUCUCGGCCGUGCAGCGCUUCCUGGCCGAUGAAGCUGCUGACAGCGAGGCGCCCCUCGAGGUGGCGCUGCGCCUGGCGCGCAAGGUGCGCAAGCAGAAGCGCGACCUCCUCGCCGCCGCUGCGUGAACCAGCCGGCGCCAUUUCACCUUUCCUCUGAGCGCAUGUGUACACUAGCGAGAACUGCAAUCGAUGCU